CUACAACUCCCAUCAUUUUGUUGGUCUAAUCGGAUCGAGACCGUUCGGUUAAAGCUACCAUAUAAUGUUUACUUCUUUGGAACAACGGCGUGUCCUCCUUGGUUAACACUGUUGGAGAUCGCAGAUGCGGUAUCUAAUGUCGUAUAAAUCACACUUUCCCUGCGAGACAUUAGUUAAAACAACGGAAUCCUAUUUGCAUCGGAAGUAUUAGUUCAUCCUGCGGUCUGUGUUCAUGAUGGCGAUGUUCCGCAGUUUUGUGUCUGCUGCUCAGCUCAGGCAGCAUCAGCAGCAAAAUGGAGCCGCAGCAGCCGCACCUGGGGAAAGCCUGGAGAGCCAGUUCUCUUGUCCCAUCUGUCUGGAGGUGUACCACAAACCUGUCAGCAUCGCAAGCUGCGCCCAUACUUUCUGUGGGGAUUGUCUACAGCCGUGUUUGCAGGUGACAUCGCCUCUCUGUCCCCUCUGCCGUAUGCCUUUCGAUCCAAAGAAAGUGGACAAAUCCCCCAGCGUGGAGAAGCAGCUCUCUUCAUAUAAGGCUCCAUGUAGAGGGUGCAGCAAAAAGGUCACCCUGGUCAAAAUGCGGUCACAUAUUUCAUCUUGCACAAAGGUUCAGGAACAGAUGGCUAAUUGCCCAAAGUUCAUGCCUGUGGUCCCCACCUCACAACCCAUUCCCAGCAAUAUUCCAAACCGCUCCACAUUUGUGUGCCCGUACUGUGGCGCUCGCAACUUGGACCAACAGGAACUAGUGAAGCACUCCAUGGAGAACCAUCGCAAUGACCCCAACAAAGUGGUAUGUCCAGUAUGUUCAGCUAUGCCUUGGGGUGACCCUAGCUAUAAGAGCUCCAACUUCCUGCAGCAUCUUCUCCACCGGCACAAAUUCUCCUAUGACACAUUUGUGGACUACAGCAUUGAUGAGGAGGCAGCACUGCAGGCAGCACUGACCCUCUCACUGUCUGAGAACUGAGAGUCUGGCAUUAUAUCCUGUACCACAAACACAACCAUGUGAAGGAUCUUCUCACCUGUCUUGUUUUAGGCUAAAUAUUUUCAUUGUUCCUCUGUUUGUCCUCUCACUCUACCUCUCUUCUGGUCUAUAUUUCUGAGCUGCACUCCAGCUAGAUCCUGAAGUAGCUCUAUAGCUUGUUUGCCAGUUGCAUAACAGUUGAGCAAGCUUGUUACUUCCUGAAUUUUAAGGGGAGGAGCUUCUGGUUGGCUAUCAUCAUCAUCAUCUUUAUCGUUAUCGUAACCAUCAAAACUGCAACCAACAAGACACUGAUGUAUGCAAAAAGUCAGACAAAGGAAUAGAUCAAUAACACCAUGCUUGUUCUUGUUGUUCUUCCUAUUGUUUUCUGUCCAAAUGUGACUUAGACCCCAGCAAAGAAUUGAAAACCAGUACAGAAUCAGUUCAAAACAGUGUGUCAUGUUAAAGCGAAGUUGAAAAGGGACCUAUGUUGGGGUUGGCUGUCCUCUCAUCUUUAGGCAAUACCAAUAGAGAAUAGAGAGAAUGAGAGAUUGAUCUUCAGCAUCCUCAUUAUCACUCAUUUCUUCAUGUAUGGAAUGCGGAAUACCAUCUGCCCUUUUUUAAUCAAGAGUUGAUGUGAAUAAUUGCACUCGUCACAGUUUUCUACAUGUCUGAAUUCUAGUAUCGUUGUUCUUUUCUAGUUCAAUAACAGAAUAUUGACCGACAGGACUGCAUACUCUGCUCUUAACUUGCUACAGUAAUAUUUUCUAAGAAGCAUCGGAUAAGAUUCAAAUUUAUAUUUUUGGAAAAAAGUUUCCGUUUUAAAUGGUGCACUAAUCAUAAGACGGCAAGCUUCUAGAGGUGUGCUGAAACGUUUUAUCUUUUAAUGUAUCCAUUAGUACUGUUCAUCUGUAUCACUUACUAGUGCUGACUUCAAGUCCUUUGGGAGAUUUUUAUUUAUGAGUUCCGUAAUCUUAAUUUUGAUGCGACGUGAAUUCAAGCGAUUUGGUCGGAAUAAGAUGGAUCCAUUGGGCAAGUGUCUUUCUCUCUCGAUCAUUUCCCGAUAAAAGCUUUUUAGCAUAUAUUUUAUCAUUCUUGUGCUGCCACUGAAAAUGAUAGGAAUUGUUCGCACACUUAAUGAUCAACAGGUGGCCAAAAAUUGGUGUAUUAGCAUGGCAUAGUUAGCCUGCUGGUUGAGUCUGUAAUUACACACACUGCUUUGUAAAAGCACCUUUUCCCAUUCAAAAUUAUGAUGUGAAUUCAUUUUCACAGUUAUAGUGUAUUAUGAUUAAUACCAGCUUCUGCCACGAUUCUUGUAUUGACAGGCAUUCAUGUCCACUAAAUACAAUUAUUCCAACGUGACUUGAAAGCAGCAUUGAUAUGGAGAAACUUGAGAACAUCCUAACAGGAAGUGGAACAGUGUGUAGUUGUUUUGGCCACAAAGUCAUUCAGAGCGGUUUCUUUGGUCUUUUACUACUACUGGUAGGACUUUCUGUACUUUGUAAGUGUUGAAUCUAAGCCUAUGUACAGUGUUACGGAGCACUGAUGUUUAGAGGAACAUUGGUGUGAUAGGGUUAGGCAUUAGGGAUCAGAAUCUAAUAUCCCUACUUUGCAGACAUACCUAACCAUGUCUUUAAGAGUUGAGUUGACCGUUAGGAGAAAACAUACUCUACCCAAGUACACAAAUGUGAAUGCCAAAGCAUAGCUCAAAGUCAACAUUCUUUGUUUUCCUUUCUCUAAAAGGAUUUAAAACCAAACAAAGUAUUAAAAU